AUGGCCUCCCUGCCCCCCGACCACUUCGUCAAGACCCUCCAAUUCACAAAACGAGUCCACCGCGACGUCUACCCCGCCAUCGACCCCUCCAACCCGGACCUCGCGCUGCCGGGCAAGGUCGUCAUCGUCACCGGCGCGAGCCGGGGCAUCGGCGGAAACGGCCUCGUCCCCGCCUUCGCCAAAGCCGGCGUCAAAGCCAUCGUCCUCGUCGCCCGCUCCGCCGACCGCCUGCACGCCGUCGCCGCGCACGCCAAGACCCUCAACCCGGCCCUCGAGACCCUCGUCUGUCCGACCGACAUCACGGACGAGGCGGCCGUCAAGGCGCUUUUCGAACAGGUGAGGGGGGCGUACGGGCACGCGGACGUGUUGGUCAACAACGCCGCCGUGUGUCCGACGGGGUCGUUGACGGAGACGGAGCCCAAGGCGUGGUGGGGUGACCUGGCGACCAACAUCACAGCGACGUACUACCCGACCCACCACUUCCUCCUCUCCCUCCCGUCCACGUCCCACGGCGAGAUCCUUAACAUCGCCACGGCCGCGCACACCGUCCUGCCGACCAUGUCGUCCUACUUCCUCUCGAAGCUCGCAUCCCUCCAGCUCUCCGCGUUCGUCGCCGCCGAGAACCCCAACGUCACGGCCAUCUCGGUGCACCCGGGCCUCGUGGCGACGGAGAUGACGCUCGACAUGUUCCGCCCGUUCGCGUUCGACACGCCGGCGCUGGUGGGCGGGACGGCGGUGUGGUUGUGCGGGGAGCGGGCAAGGUUUCUCGGGGGCAGGUUCGUCGCGUGUAAUUGGGACGUGGAGGAUUUGGAGGCGCGGAGGGAGGAGGUUGUGGGGGAGGGGUUGUUGACGGUUGGGAUUACGGGAAGGUUUGGGGCGGAGUUGUUUGAGUGA